CGCGGUUUUGCAUGUUUACAAACAAAUUUAUAUCAAAUUAUAUUAACAAAUUAAAACAAUGGCAGAGCCUGGAGUCAUUAGGAAAUUAAGCGAAGAAGUUGUGAAUCGUAUAGCAGCUGGUGAAAUAAUACAACGCCCUGCGAAUGCGUUAAAAGAGUUAAUAGAAAAUAGUUUAGACGCGAAAUCUACAAAUAUAGUUAUAACUGUCAAAGCUGGGGGCCUGAAAUACUUACAGAUCCAAGACAACGGUACUGGCAUACGCAAUGACAACCUAGAUAUAGUAUGCGAAAGGUUCACAACUUCUAAAUUAAAGGAAUUUGACGAUCUAAGGCAAAUUAGUACUUAUGGCUUCAGAGGCGAAGCGCUAGCGAGUAUCAGUCAUAUAGCGCAUCUUACUCUACUUACGAAGACCGCAGCUGAUAAAUGUGCUUAUAAAGCUUCUUACGAAAAUGGCAAGUUAAAAGGACCAAUAAAAGCCUGUGCCGGUAACAACGGCACACAAAUAACAGUAGAAGACUUAUUUUACAAUGUUUUAGCACGUAAGAAAGCUUUGCGGAGCCCCACUGAAGAAUAUGCUCAUAUUAUGGAGGUCGUAGGAGGCUAUGCAAUACAUAACAGCCGUGUUGGAUUCACAUUGAAGAAAUUUGGAGAAAACACUGACAUAAAAACGCCAGUCAAAUCGACUGUAGUUGAAAAUGUUAGAAGUGUAUGUAUGUUUCAAGUAUAAAUUUUGGAUUUGCAUCAUUUCGAUGAAAGUUAAAGAUUA